AUGGACGAGAACUGCGACCGCGCAUCUAUCUUACGACUACCUGAAGAGCUCUUAAACACCAUCGUCCAAGAAGCAUGCCGCAAAGACAAGGACGAGAGGGACUAUGAGCCUUGGGAAUACUGGUCAGGGCGCCGGAUAUAUUGGGGAGAGCAUUUCCGCACGCCAAUCUCGCUCUGUCUCGUGUGUCGGCGGUUGAAUCGCAUUGCCAUGCCCUACCUAUACGGGGAUGUUGUUCUUGGGAGAGGGCCUUGGGGCCGCAUACAUAUCGAGAGUCAAGACCCAACGAUAAAGCUCAUGCACCGCAGCUACCGAAGCAACCCUGACCUAUGGAAACUGUGUCGGAGCCUGAAUGUGGGCUACAGAGGAUAUAAUGAUCAUGGAGAGGCGGUGGAUUGGCCGAUGGGAUACAUUGUGAAUGAUCUGACGGCGUGGAUGACGGAGACGAGAUCGUUCAGGUUCACUGGGCUCGGGCAUGAUUCGGCAGAUGCGUGGAGAGUUUGUCUACAGGGGAUGAGGAAUUUUCAGCAUCUGGAGGAAUUGUCUUUGGGUGGUCGGGGGAAUGAUAUAGACGUCGUUCGGCUGUUUGGUGUCCUCAACGAGAUGGGCUGCGCUAAGCUACGGACUCUCGAGCUCAGCGGGGUCUCGUUUCUCGAUAACGAGGCGGGGAAUAAAAGGCCCAAACUGGAACCGGGAACAGCCUCAUUGACAACCCUGAGGCUAUAUUGCUUCUUAGUAACCCCUCAAAUCCUCGAGGACUUGAUGAGGUGGACACCAAAGCUGGAGCGCUUCCGCUUAGACUUUACCUAUCCAGACCACUUCGGUGCAUUGGGGGUAUAUCCCUGGAGUCUCGCAACGCUGCAACCGAUACUGUCCAUCCACUGCAAAAGCCUCCGAUCCAUCCGUAUUUCACACCUCGAGCGGCAGGGCCUGCAGGGCUUUGAUAUGCGCCAGUUCGAGAGGCUAGAAGAACUAAGUUUGACAGCUUGCACAAUGUUCGGGCACAUCGACCCCCCUCCAAUUGACGGUGGUGAUAUUGCGCAACUGCUCGCCCCCAGCCUGCGCCGCUUCCGCUUCGACUUGACGUACGAGGAUCAGCAGGUAUGUGAAGCGCUGGAUUAUUUUGGCUACACACAGGAGAACUGGUUGCGUUGCUUCGCGCACAUGGCGGUACAGGCGAAGUGUCCGUUGGGAGAAAUUCGGAUCCAGUUUUUCCCAGAAGGGUUCCGGGGUGAUAGUUGUAAACAAUGCGUCUAUCCCUGGGACCGGAUGGAUGCCCUUGGCCGUGAGCUGGAACCGGAGGGUAUUCAGGUGCAUUAUAACCCGCCAUCUACCAGCCGAGAGGAGUGGCUGGAGCAACUACAGAUGAGCCAUGAUUGGGAUGAUGAUAGGUUAUGUGUGACAUGUACUGGUGAAUGCGAGGAUUCACCGGAUACGUUUAGCUAUCUCAACUGCAAUAACUAA